AUGGCAUUGCUAUUCGCAAGUACCGAAAUGAGUCUUGCAGCUCGUUACCUCUUGGAUACAUCAGCUGCUCCACCCCCAGCGUUGACACUCCCUACAAUCCCAUCUCUGCCUAAGGUGACCUUGCCUCCACUGCCCUCUAUGCCAACGCUGCCUAAAGCCACAUUGCCACCAUUGCCUAGCACGCCAUUGCCUACAUUGCCGACUCAGCCUACCCUUCCAAAGCCCACAUUGCCACCAUUGCCCACAAACCCAUUGCCAACUCAACCAACUCUUCCAAAGUCCACAUUGCCGCCGCUCCCAAGCACCCAACUCCCAACACUGCCAACAAUGCCUACCGUCCCCAGGGUUGCACUACCUCCGUUGCCCACCAUUCCAACCACAAUUCCUUCAAUCCCCUCCACCAUUCCCACAACAAUCCCAACAAUUCCUUUCCUCUCCCCACCACCAUCAAACUAA